GUUGGUUAGCAACUAUUCAGCUCAAAUUGCGGUGAAAUGGUGUCUCAGAGGUCAAAACUAAACCUCAUCAUGGUCGUCGGACUGUGCAUAGUCAAUAUAAAGUGGAUAACAUCGGAGAUCUUUCCGCUCAAUAUGACAUUUGAUGGAAGAGGAAAUGUUAGUAUCGAUUUUUUCAAGAUCAAUUUUACUUUGAACUACAAAGAACUCAACCUAACUAUUCAGGAUGUGGCCUGUACGUAUUGGGUUGCAUUUGGCACAAAGCUAACCGAAAAAGAAUUGCAGGAGAAAAGUGGACAGCGUAAAGGUUACAUAGAUUGUAAAAGUUGGCAUCCACCAAGCGGACAAAGCUACUAUAGAUUGUAACUGUGCAAAACACUACAGGAGCUGCAGUGAAAAUGUCCAGAUUACACUUCAUACCCAUUGUGUAACUGCAAAACAGUUUCAACUGUGCUUAUUGAAAUGCUCCACUUAGACCUUUGUGGAAUGAAUACGCUUCAUUUUCUCAAUAAUCAGUGGUCGCCUGUUUCUCUUCUUUCUGUAGAUUAAUUUCCCGACAAUAAAUCUUUAUUGAUAAAUUCUUUUUAUGUUAAUGAUAAGUGUGAAGUGUUCGCGUGUGCUGAUACAGUAACUGAAUGAUUGACUUCAUUGUAAACCGUGUCAUUCGUUCAUAUCGAGUUCGCUUUUGUUACGAGCAGACAUGAACAGUAUGGAACCGCUGAAUAGCAGAAGGAAUUCGACGUCCCCAACUAUAUUAAGUGAUCAAAUGCACAAUUUGUGGGUAUUACAGCAAAUUCGUUUUUGAUAAUAUAUUCACCAGUAAUCUCAAUCUAGACAUUUUAAUGGAAACAAAAUACAUAGUUCAGAGUAGAUACUGUUCAUGGUGAAGUCAUUUAUCCCUUUUAACCUGUAUCAUCAAAUUUAUGUACAAUUUUCUGGUCGAAUAGUUUGCUUUUCUUUGCUUGUUUCACGAUCCUGUAACUGAGUGGUUUGAGCUUCAGUAAUGUAAAGGAGACGACAGCAUAUAUCCUGAGGAAGGUUAUUCUACACCUUACAGAUUACUGAUGUUCUCGUUGUGACAAUUUCUCCGAUGUACGUUAACAUCACUUGAUGGGGGUUUAAUUAAAACCAACGGACUUGUAACAUUAACCAGUAUUUAUGACCAAUCGACCAAUCCACAUUCUCAUCACA